CUCUAUUACUGUAUGACAACAAACUCUGAAGUUACAACUAUGAUUUUUAUCAUUGUUUGGACGCUAUGUAGUAUUCAAGGUUUGAUGUGUCAGGUUGUUGUGACUCAGUCUGGAGAUCAGACAGUGGAGCCUGGUCAAACUGUUGCUAUUGAAUGUAAACAUACCCCAAGCAUUAAUAUGUGGAAAGCAGAGGAGAAGAAGGACAGCAUGUACUGGUACCACCAGAUUCCAGGAGAGGUUCCUAAACUCCUGAUCUAUUACACAUCAAACAGAACUUCAGGUGUUUCUGAAAGAUUCAGUGGCAGUGGGAAUACAAAUUCCAUUGAUUUUACUCUUACCAUCGGUAAAGUUCAGCCUGAAGAUUCAGGAGUUUAUUACUGUAUGGGUGUAUAUAACACUAAACCUGAAGGGCUACAGUUGGUGUUCACACUGUGUGAUAGAGUCAUACAAAAACAUCAUCUGCCAGAGAGUCUCAUACACAUCACAGGCUUUAUUGGUCUUAGCCAUAUGGAAGCUCUGAAGAUGGAGUUAACAGUGAAGCGGCUCAAAUUUGGCUUUACUCGUAGCUCAGCCUCCCUCAUUUGUUACCGUGUUAGUGUGCAGGAGGUUUUUGUACAGCGGCUCAAUGGGUUUGUAUCACUGUGGUACACUUUUGGUGGAGGAACAAGACUCUCGGUUGGAAGUAAUCGUCCUCCUACUCUAACGGUCCUGCCUCCCUCCAGAGAUGAGUUGAAACAGGGUAAAGCUACAGUCAUGUGUGUUGGCAGUAAGGGUUAUCCCUCUGACUGGAAGCUGAACUGGAAGAUUGAUUGUAGCAGCAGGAGCUCUGGUGUGAAUCUGAAUCCCAGUGUACUGCAGAAAGAUGGACUGUACAGCUGGAGCAGCAGUCUGAGUCUCACUGAGAGUGAAUGGAGAUCAGCAUAUACCAUCAGCUGUGAGGCCACUAAGAGCUCACAGAAUCCAGUGACCAAGACCAUUAACAUACAACAAUGUGAUAUAGAAUGAGAUGAGAACACACACACUCACACGCACGCGCACACACACACACACACACACACACACACACACGCAAGCGCGCACACACACACACACACACACACACACACACACACACACACACACACACACACACACACACACACACACACACACACACACACACACACAUACUCUCUCUCUCACACACACACACUCACAUGCACACACACAUAUAUAUAUAAACAUUGAUAUGUCUACACAGAUAUCAAAUGUGACAAAAUUAGAUGCUGCUUUGCUCUUUGAUUAAUGAAUGAAAUGUGUUUCUUUUGUAAUGCUUCUAUUUUACAUUUACAUUCGCUAACUA